AUGACCGGUUCACUCUCCCUGUUCUCCGUCAAUGCGGUCCUCGUCAUGUCCGCUGACGAUGGUUCCCGUAUCUUCACGAAAUACUACUCGGCUCCUCACGCCCCCGCCGGAACAGCACCCAACUCGACUGAUUACCCUGGUGCCAACCCCUACCCUUCGCUCAAGGACCAGCGUGCUUUCGAAAAGGGACUUCUCGAGAAGACCAACAAGUCUACAAGUGACGUGAUUCUCUACGACAACCGCAUUGUGGUGUUCAAGAUGGAGAGCGACGUGAUGCUGUACGUGGUGGGAAGUGCCGACGAGAACGAGGUUCUGCUAUACAACGUGGUUCUGUCGCUCCGCGAUGCCCUUGGAAUACUAUUCAAGGGUGCCACCGACAAGCGUACUAUUGUCGAGAACUACGAUCUUGUUUCUCUUACCAUUGACGAAAUCAUCGACGACGGUAUCAUCCUCGAGACCGACCCUGUCAUGGUCGCUUCGCGAGUAAGCCGUGCCCCAGCUGCGGAUGCGCCGAACAUGAAGAAUAUCGACCUUUCUGAACAAGGUCUGAUGAAUGCAUGGGAGUUCGGCAAGCGGCGCCUGGCCGAUAGUUUGCGACAAAUGUAG